AUGGGAGCGAGAAGAGGAGAUUUGACAGAGAUUGAGGAGAAAGAAGAAGCAGAGGCAGAAGUGGAGAUAUGGAGGUACGUAUUUGGGUUUGUGGAAAUGGGAGUGGUGAAAUGUGCUAUUGAAUUGGGCAUAGCUGAUCUUGUGGCUCAUGGUAGCCAACCCAUGACGCUCUCUCAGCUAUCUACCACUCUUGGCUGUCCCCCAUCUCCACUCUACCGUAUACUACGUUUUUUGGUGCAUAAUGGAGUCUUCAAAGAGAAGCCCAUUACCACUAUUUCAAGCCAGGAGGAAGAGACCCAGGAGGACACAAAGGGCUACGCCCUGACCCCCAUCUCUCGUCGCUUGAUAAGAAAUGGAGAACGUAGCUUGGCACCUUUGUUACUACUAGAAAGCAGCCAAGUGAUGCUGGCCCCACGGCAGGCUCUUCCUUCCCGUGUUCGUGAGGCUCGCGAAGAUGGCAAGUUGGCGGCUUUUGAGGCCACCCAUAGUAGUGACAUUUGGGAGUAUUCAGAACGAAACCCAGAUCAUUCCAAGCUCAUCAAUGAUGCCAUGGCUUGCGACGCUAGGGUGGCGGUGCCGGCCAUUGUGGAGGGCUGUCCGAAGCUGUUCGAGGGGGUUGGCACGGUUGUGGUCGUGCAUGUGGGCGGAGGUACUGGGACGACGUUGGGGAUGUUAGUGAAGAACUUUCCAUGGCUUAGAGGCAUCAAUUUUGACCUCGCUCAUGUUGUGUCUACGACGCUUCCAUGCGAUAAGGUUGAUCACAUCGGAGGAGACAUGUUCCACUCUGUCCCCAAAGCUGACGCCGCCUUUCUUAUGUGGGUUCUACAUGACUGGAGAGAUGAGAAUUGCAUCAAGAUCUUGAAGAAAUGUAGAGAAGCGAUUGUUGGAGACAGCGGUAAGGUGAUUAUCGUCGAGGUUGUGAUCGAGGAGACGAAAGAGAAUAAAUUCAAGGGUGCAGGAUUGCUACUAGACAUGGCUAUGAUGUCACAUACUGAUAAUGGGAAAGAAAGGACCAAAGAAGAAUGGAGUUACAUUCUUGACAAGGCCGGGUUUAGUCGCUACACCUUCACAUCCAUUCCUACUGUUCAGUCCAUCAUCCAGGCCUAUCCUUAAUUACUAAGAAGCCAGCAAUCUCUCAUUCUCUUGUUGUGUUGUACUGUUAGUGUGAAAUAAUUGUCUAGGACAAUAUGUUAUGAACAGUGUAGUCCUUAAUCUGGAUUUAAGAAUCAUUAGUUUAUAUUAACCUUAAGUUUAUGCUUAGACUUCUUACUAAGAAAUAAAAAGUUCAUGCU